GUAUAUAUCGCUAAGGAUAUUUAUAUGUAUAUCUCUGACUGAAAUACCAUUGUGAAACGUACAACUUUUUAAAAUUUUCAAAUGUUUUAACGCUAUGGCGUUCAGUCAUGAAAUGGUCCAGCACAAAAUCCUGAUAUAGUUUUAAAACGGUGGGUCAAAGAGCACAGAGCACCUGAUCGCAGUUUUUGUGGCAUUGACAAGAAGGGCCAGUUCAAGAGAGGUAAAACUUCUUUGCGCAGACUUGUGAAGCUCUUUUGUCAGGUUUGUGAUGAAACAGAAACGUGAUUUUUAAAAACUCAUUCAGGAAACUUCAAACAAACCUGAAGAUUUUGAAUACCUGCAUCGGGUCGUAUGAUCGGUUUCUAUGUCAUAAAAUAUAGUGAUUACAUUUUGCCAGAGUUUUGUUCCGUCUCCUCUCGAUUAGCCACACUCCUCUUUCCUCAGCUACCCUUCAAUAUCAGACCUUUGUCCAAGCAAGUCUUGUGAAGAACAUUCUAAAUGUGUUCAAGAAACAUUAGCAUUUCAUAUUUCGAUUUGCGUAAGUGGCUCCAAAAAAAUACAAACACAGCCCUGUAACUCAUCACCUUGCACUUCCUGCCCACACACUGGCAGUGCAAGGGGAACGAGCUAACGUCAUCCCGGAAGUAAUUCUUGGGGCGACGUUGAGAGCAGGGGGUUCUCCGCUUUCAACGGCUUCGGGGGCGAUGGCGACUACUUUCGUCUCGGUGCCUUUGAAGAAAUCGUCCGAAGUGGACCUUGCGAAGCCGCUUUCCAAGUUUAUCCACGCCACUUACUCGAGUGGGGAAUCACAGGCCGAGUACAUCAAGGCGGCUGAAGAGCUGAACAACCUUCGGAAAAGUGCAGUCUGUAGGGCGCUCGACAAACACGACAGUUCUCUGGAGAUUUUGUUGAGGUAUUAUGAUCAACUGUGUGCCCUUGAGCCCAAGUUUCCAUUCUCAGAAAAUCAGCUAUGCUUAACAUUCACCUGGAAAGAUGCGUUUGAUAAAGGGUCGCUGUUUGGAGGAUCUGUUAAACUUUCCUUUGCGAGUUUGGGAUUUGAAAAGACCUGUGUUUUGUUCAAUAUUGGAGCUCUUGCCAGCCAAAUUGCAUCAGAACAGAAUCUUGAAAAUGAUGAAGGGUUGAAAGCAGCAGCUAAGUAUUACCAGCUUGCCAGUGGAGUUUUCCAGCACAUCAAGGAUACUGUAUUAUCAACAAUGAAUCGAGAGCUCACGAUGGAUACCUCUCCAGAUACAGUUGGGACCCUCAGCCUAAUUAUGUUGGCUCAAGCACAGGAGGUAUUUUUCCUCAAAGCAGCAGCUGAUAAAAUGAAAGAUGCAGUUAUAGCUAAGCUUGCCAAUCAAGCUGCUGAUUACUAUGGAGAUGCCUUCAAACAGUGCCAGUUUAAGGAAAAUUUGCCCAAGUAUUUUUAUUUCCAGGAGGUGCUACCUGUUCUUGCUGCAAAACAUUGCAUGAUGCAGGCCAAUGCAGAGUAUCAUCAAUCCGUUCUUGCUAAACAACAGAAGAAGUUUGGUGAGGAGAUUUCCAGAUUACAGCACGCAUCUGACUUAGUGAAGACAGUUGGCUCUCGGUAUGAUGAGUAUAUCAAUGUGAAGGACCUAUCGGACAAAAUUGCUCGUGCCUUAACUGCAGCAAAAAAGGAUAAUGAUUUCAUUUACCAUGACCGUGUUCCAGAUGUUAAAGACUUGGAACCUGUAGGAAAAGCCACAUUGGUGAAGCCUACUCCUGUCAGUGUCCCCAUGAGUCAGAAAUUCACUGAUCUCUUUGUGAAGAUGGUUCCUUUAGCAGUGCAGCAAGCCCUGAGUGCAUAUAAUCAGCGAAGGGCCGACUUAGUGAACCGACUAAUAGCGCAGAUGAGAGAAUCCAGCAAUCUAGCCAAUGGGUAA